AAAAGCUCGGUGCAGGACACGAGAUCGGAUUAGCCCCGCACUCCGAUCUCUCAUCAAGCUCAUCAGAUCCGAAAUUCUCCAAGCUCCAUCAUGUGAGAUUUUCGUUUCUCUUCCUUGAUCCAAAAAAAACUUUUGUUUCCAAAUCCCAAUCGCCGCUAUAAUGCUUCAUGAUUGAAUGGCUUAAUCCCCCAUUUGGAUUUAUCUUUUUGCUCUCUUUUCGGCAUUGGCGCCGGUUUAUCCAUGAGAAGAUGUAAAAUUGAAGUCACAGAGGUCAUGCCGAUGAUCGAUUAAACUUGUUUGGUAUGCACUUAGAUGGAGAUCAGUGAAGGAUUUGAAUGGGAAGAAAUACUUUUAUUUAUUUCUCUGUACAAGUGCAAGCAUUGCUUUUCAGAUAGUUCAUCUUAAUUGCUGUAUUGUUGUGGAUAGAAAUAAUGUCCCUGAAUUCUAACUUAAACCCAAGUAGCGUUGGAAAACACAUUUCGCUCACAAGGAGUAUUGGAAUAUUAUGAGUGUUGUUGCUUCAUGCUACUAGACUUUAUCAGAGUCAUCGUGUGGAAACUAUUAUUCACUUUUGUUUCAUUUCAAGUUCAAAUUUUCAUUUCUUUUAUAGCAGUUGUAUUUCUAACACUAUGUUUGGUUCAAGGAAUUAGGAAGAACAAGAAAAGAAAAUGGUUUUCUCUCAUUUUCCUCACCAAAAUGGGAAGAAUUUUAUUUUCUAUACCCUUAGUUCAUUUUGCCUCCUUAUUUUCUUUUCCUCUCCAACCAAACCAAAAAAAUUGUUUUCCAUCUCAUUAUGUUUUCUCUUCCCCUUCAAAUUGCUUGAACCAAACAUAGUGUAGAUGGUGUGCAUAUAGUUGAUCUUUACAUGGCAAUAUUAUGUAACUGUAUAUAGAUUUAAACUACUGUCUGUACAUUUUAUACGAAUCUUGUGCAAGUAUAAAAUAUGGCAUAAUAUCUACACAUUUUUUUCUUUGGGGCCACAACAACCUAGGUAAAGUUUUUUCCUCGAUUUUCAUUUGAGUUGCUUUCUUAAAGACUCCAUUUUGUUUCCCUGAAUUGGGCACUCUACUCUGUAAGACUGUACUCAUGGCCUUAAUGGUCCAACCCUUCUCCAGAUCCUACACAUGAAGGAGCUCUUGAACUUGGCUUCCCUUUAAGCAAAAUCAUCCAAUCUUCAGGUAUUUGAUCUUAAAACAUUGGCAUGGUUUACAAUAAAAUCAACCACAGAUGUUCUUCCAGCUCUAUCUGGCCAUUCUAUGAUUAGCUGGGAUCACAAAUUGCUGAUUCUUGCUGGCCACUCAAGAAGUGUUUCUGAUACUGUUAUAGUUAGGGUGAUUGAUCUGGAAUCACACAACUGUUCUAUUAUGGAGACCUAUGGAACACCACCAGUAGCUCGUGGUGGGCAAUCUGUGACACUCUUUGGUUCUAAGCUAAUAAUGUUUGGUGGUGAAGAUAGGAACCGGCGGUUAUUGAAUGAUAUUCAUGUUCUUGAUCUUGAGACAAAGACAUGGAGUUAUGUGGAGACCACGCAGACACCCCCGUCUCCCAGAUUUGAUCACACGGCUGCACUACAUGCAGAUCACUACCUUCUAAUUUUUGGCGGGUGUUCUCAUUCAGUUUUUUUCAAUGAUCUGCAUGUUCUGGACUUGGAAACGAUGGAAUGGUCUUGCCCCCAACUUCAGGGCGAUAUUAUUGGCUCACGAGCUGGUCAUGCUGGGGUCAUCAUAGACGAGAACUGGUACAUAGUUGGUGGUGGAGAUAACAAAAGUGGUGUGCCAGAAACUCUUGUUUUGAAUAUGUCUAAGCUUGUCGUGUCAGUGUUGACAAGUGUCAAGGGGAGAGAUCCACUUGCUAGUGAGGGACUAACUGUAUCCUCAGCAUUACUAGAUGGCGAGAAUUUUUUGGUUGCAUUUGGCGGCUAUAACGGAAAAUACAACAAUGAGGUAUUUGUUAUGAGGCCUAAACCAAGAGAUUCAUUGCUUCCCAAGAUACUUAUGUCACCAGCAGCUGCAGCUGCUGCAGCUUCCGUCACUGCGGCUUAUGCCUUGACUAGACCUGAAAAAUUGGACUUAACUGCAAGCGAAGAUUCAAAUUUUAAGGAAUUCAGGAAUGGUACCUCCCAAAAGGAUUUAUCUUAUGAGAUUGGUGUGAUUAGAGAAGAGAAAAAGGAAUUGGAAUCAUCUCUUGCUGAAGUUACAGCAGAGAACUCUGCUCUCAAGGCAAAGGUUGAUGAAGUUAACAUCACUUAUGCGGACUUAUCCAAGGAAUUUCAUUCAGUUCAGAGUCAGCUGACAUCCGAGCGAUCAAGAUGUGCAAAAUUGGAGGCACAAAUAACAGAGCUACGCAAGAUGCUUGAGUCAAUGCAAUUGGUAGAGGAAGAGGUUGAAGAACUGAGGAGGCAGAAGUAUGAAAUGGAACGCGAUAUGGAACUCGGAGUUUCCCAGGGCCAGAAGUCAGGUGGUGUUUGGAAGUGGAUUGCCGGUUAGGUUUUGAAAUGCACCUUGGGUAAUAGCAUCAUCCUUCGUGCAGUAGUUCAAUGGUUUUGUGAAUCUAUAUUAUAUUUUAGUGUCUACCAUGAGAAAAAUGUGUCCCAGAUUUUUCUUCCGAAGGUUAUACAGCAGUUUAGAGUUUCUUAAUUCUUUGACUUUGUUUUCUCUUGUGUUCUCUUUCAAGUGUUCUUAAUACCAAGAAGUACCAACAACAUUUUCAAUUGUAAUACAUAUAUUCAUUUGUAACAUGUUUUUUUGUGGGUUUCACAACCUUGGAUUGCUUCAUUGCUUGCCUCUUAUGUAUUACAAGUAUCAUGAAAAAAUUGUUGCUAUGACUACAAUGUUGGGUUGUAAAUGAACCGAAUUGAAUUGAGUAUUAAUGAAUAUUAUUCGUAUUU